AUGAAUGCUGAUGUUCACAAGUUUAUAGAAACUCACUCGGAUGGUCCGGCUUGCCACAGUCAUACCGCUCCUGACCUCUCGAGUUUGACUUUCCGUAAUGGCGAGCUUAUCCUGCAUAACAGAAGCACAGCCUCUUGUGUUUGCUGGUGGAUUUUCUGGAUGUAUGGCAUAGGCAUGCGUGUGCUCCUCUGGUGCAAGGUGCUAGUAGCAAAUAUGCUCUCUCCAUUACGUCUCCAUCGCGCCAGUAGGUCCUAUCAUGUGCCAGUUGACCAAACGGAAAGCCUGACGAUCGGACAAUUGAGGCCAGAUUGA